AUGGAUAAUAAAUACAAAUAGUAAGAAAUUCAUUCAUUUUUGGAUCAAAACAAAAAGAAAGGUGGCAAGAAGAAUGAUUAAUAUUGUUAUGGAUAAUUAAAGUAAUAAAAUUGAUUUAUUUUAAGGUUUGGCGAUGUACAAAAUAAAAUUAGAAAGAUUUCAUUAAAAACCUUUUUUGGCAAUCCAGAAUUUGAAAUAUUUUGUAUUCGAUUUGAUUUUGAGGAUCAACUUAUAGCAGCAGGUAUUAAAAAUUGUUAAAUUAAGGUUGUUCGGAUGGGACAGUGAAAAUUUUUAAUAUAGCCACAGGUAAGGUUAGUAUAAAUAUUUCUUAGGGAAAUUAGCAUUUAAUCUACAAGGAUCAUCAGAAGGAUCAACUCCAACAACAAGUAUUAGAUGGAGAAAUGAUUGUGCAAAUAAAGUUAAAAGUGUAGUAAUAAAUGUGAAUUCUGAUGGAUCAAUUAUGUUUUGGUAGGCUUAGACAGGAAAAUAAUUGCAUAGACUUAUAGAAAAGAAUAAUUAAAUAUUAUGUAUGGAUUUAAGAUAUGAUGGAGAAGUAUUUGCUACUUCAGGAAAAGAUUGUAAAGUACUUAAAUCUAAAAUUAUCUAGAUUCGAAUUUAUGA